ACGCCAUACGUAGGGCGGAUACUGUCAAAGUUAAGUGGUAUUUAAAGUGGUCGGGAUGGACGUGCGAGCGUGUGCUUGGAUAAUGUGAACUUUGAUUGAAAGAUAAUAAUUACAAGCCACACAAAAUCAAUAAUUGUUCAGUUCGAACUGUGAAUAGUUAAAUAUAGUCGAGUGCCCAGCACCGACAGAUCUCAAAAAAAAAGAGAGAUCUAUUAUUGUGAAAGUGUAAUCAUUUGGCCACGGAACUCCAUCUGAAUAUAAGCUGCAAUCAAUAAUCGAUUACUCAUAUACGAGUACAGCUGGGAACCGACAGGAGCAAAUCAAUAAACCUUCAAUUGUUGUGAUUACUUCAAUGGCAUGGGACUUUUCACAACUGCCAACAAACGCUGACAUUUCCAGGACGUCCGUCGCACGCUUAUUAGUGAUCCAGAAUUCCAUGACGCCAUAGCUCCAACGGAGAGAAGACGAUGAGCAGUCACGAAGGAAGGUCCCACGAGAGGUCACACAUCUUUCAGAUACGCAUCGAUAGCGUUGAGGAUGAGAGCACCGCCCCCAUAACAGAGGCCAGUUCACGAGAGGAUCUCAUCGGCAGCGCCGCCCGAGAGGUCGACAGAUCCAGCGAGCAAUCGGUCUUUCAAUUUCCCAGAUUUCUUUCGGUGCCAACGCUGCGAAGCUCGCGCCACUCCCCAGACCCAUCCACCAGGAGGGAGGUGAUGUCCAGUCCGGCCAAAAGUGAGCGCAUGAGCCACCGGAGUCAGACGAAGCUGCGACCACGAAGACUUAGCCAGGAUAGUGGCAUAGUGGCAGGAAGAUUGAUAGGAUACGGGGAGGGUGUUUUAAUUGACUCUGACCUACAGUCAAGACCAAUCGAAACGGAUCCAAAAGAUAGCACAUACAGCUGCCAAGGGGAGGAUAAUGUUCCGGUAGGGAACACUAAACCUGCCACUCCGAUUCCACCCAAAUCGAAGUUAAGUGCCAAUCGGGCUCGAGCAGGAUCAGCUGCAUAUACGGAAAAGUGGCUUAACUCAUCGGUGAUGCGGACCAGCAAUGGCAAUCCCCUGUUCCCCAAAACCAACUCCAUUACGGUGCCACUUCCCACACAUUUGGAAUCGGAAUCGGCUGAACCAAGUCCCACGCAGGCAUUCGGCCCCAAGAUCGUGGGAAGUCAUGAGGAGGAUAUACCUGGCACGGCAAUGCGACGAAAUUUGGGAUUGAACUUGAGUGCCACUCUCGGUUCCGCUGAAAGAGUGAAUCAAUCUUAUGAGAUUAUGGAGUCAUCACACUCCAACGUUUUACCCGAUCAAUUUGGCUAUCGGCAACUUGUUCCCACGGAAAGGAAGGCCUCGGAUGCAACGAGUUCCAUUAGCGGAAGUUACUACGGCAGUCGGAAAGCCAGCAAAAGCAAUAGCCUGGGAGGCGAAUCCGGAGAUGAAAGAAGAGUUAGUAAACAGGAUCGAGAGGGCUUAGAUCCGGAGUCACUGAUGUUCCGCGAUGGCAGACGGAAAGUGGACAUGGUGCUGGCCUGGGAAGAGGAGGAUCUGGGCGUUAUGACCGAGGCGGAAGCCAAACGUCGCGAUAACCGACGUUCUUUCAUGGAGAACCUUAUCAAGGAAGGACUCGAGGUCGAGCUGGAGGACAAGUCGCAGUCCUUCAACGAGAAGACCUUCUUUUUGAAAAUCCAUUUGCCUUGGCGACUGGAAACACGACUGGCUGAGGUCAUGAAUCUGAAGCUACCCGUCAAAAGAUUCAUCACCAUAUCCGUUAAGCCAUCAUGGGAUGAGGAGAACGUUGUGCUUAGAAAUGUGCAAUAUUGGAAAGAUGUCUGGCAGCGCUUGACCAAAAAGAUACAGCUAGACCAAACCCUUCUGGAGGGAGAGACAACAUUUAAGGCUGCAACAGCUAAUGGAAACCCUGAAGAGCAAUUUAUUGUUAAAGAUCGCGCAACAGCCUUCACCAGUGCCCAACGAUCGCUAAUGGUGAUGCAGGUUCUCAUCCGGACACCCUUCGAUGAGAGUGACCGCAGCGGCAUUAGGCGGCUGAUGAAUGACGGCACCUAUCUAGGCUGCUUUCCUCUCCACGAGGGGCGGUACGACCGACCUCACUCCAGUGGAAUCUCCCUUGAUCGGCGAGUUCUCUACCAGACAUGGGCUCAUCCUUCCCAAUGGUACAAGAAGCAACCGCUGUGCCUGGUCAGAAAGUACUUCGGCGACAAGAUUGCGUUGUACUUCUGUUGGCUAGGUUUCUAUACGGAGAUGCUCGUCUAUCCGUCAGUGGUGGGUACCCUCUGCUUCAUCUACGGAUUAGCCACUUUGGAAUCGGAAGACAAUACUCCUAGCAAGGAGAUCUGCAACGAAUAUGGCACGGGCAAUAUUACCCUAUGUCCACUUUGCGAUAAAGCCUGCAGCUACCAGCGACUCUCGGAAUCGUGCCUUUUUUCACGGCUUACCUAUCUCUUUGACAAUCCCUCGACGGUGUUCUUCGCCAUUUUCAUGUCCUUCUGGGCCACCACAUUCCUGGAGCUUUGGAAACGCAAGCAAUCGGUUCUUGUCUGGGAGUGGGACUUGCACAACGUAGAUAUGGAUGAAGAGAACCGUCCAGAAUUCGAAACAAAUGCCACUACAUUUCGCAUGAAUCCCGUCACACGGGAAAAGGAACCCUACAUGUCCACCUGGAACAGGUCGAUAAGAUUUGUAAUUACCGGAAGUGCCGUCCUUUUUAUGAUCUCAGUGGUUUUAUCUGCCGUGCUGGGCACCAUACUUUAUCGUAUUACUCUGGUGUCAGUUAUUUAUGGUGGAGGAGGUUUCUUUGUGAAGGAGCAUGCCAAGCUCUUUACCAGUGUUACGGCAGCCUUGAUUAAUUUGGUGGUCAUUAUGUUACUAACACGGAUAUACCACCGCAUGGCCAUAAGGUUGACCAAUUUGGAGAAUCCGCGCACCCAUACUGAAUACGAGGAUUCCUACACUUUCAAGAUAUUCUUUUUCGAGUUCAUGAACUUCUAUUCUUCGCUUAUCUAUAUCGCUUUCUUCAAGGGCCGGUUCUUUGAUUAUCCGGGAGAUGAUCAAGCUCGCAAAAGUGAGUUCUUCCGGCUGAAGAAUGAUAUCUGCGACCCGGCAGGUUGCUUAUCCGAACUUUGCAUCCAAUUGGCCAUCAUAAUGGUGGGUAAACAGUGCUGGAACAAUUUCAUGGAGUACUUGUUUCCAAAAUUUUGGAACUGGUGGCGGCAGCGGAAACAUAAACAGGCCACCAAGGAUGAGUCUCAUUUACAUAUGGCCUGGGAGCAGGACUAUCAUAUGCAGGACCCAGGUCGCCUGGCACUUUUUGAUGAAUAUCUUGAAAUGAUUCUUCAAUAUGGCUUUGUCACUCUGUUUGUAGCUGCAUUUCCAUUGGCACCGCUUUUUGCGUUGCUGAACAAUGUGGCGGAGAUACGUUUGGAUGCCUACAAGAUGGUCACGCAAGCUAGACGUCCUUUGGCCGAACGGGUCGAGGAUAUUGGAGCAUGGUACGGUAUCCUUCGGAUCAUCACAUACACGGCAGUCGUUUCGAAUGCCUUUGUGAUAGCCUACACAAGUGAUUUUAUACCACGGAUGGUCUACAAAUUCGUUUAUUCUGAAACCCACACUUUGGCUGGUUACAUUGAGCACUCGCUGUCCAUCUUUAAUACCUCCGAUUACAAGGAAGAAUGGGGUGCCUCGGUCAGUGAACGAGAUCCGGACACCUGCCAAUAUCGUGGUUAUAGAAACGGCCCCAAGGAUUACGAGCCCUAUGGACUGAGCCCCCAUUAUUGGCAUGUUUUUGCUGCUCGUUUGGCCUUCGUAGUGGUUUUUGAGCACGUGGUGUUUGUAAUCACUGGCAUUAUGCAAUUUAUCAUUCCGGAUGUCCCAUCCGAGGUAAAAACUCAAAUGCAGCGAGAGCAACUAUUGGCCAAAGAGGCCAAGUAUCAGCACGGGAUCAAGCGUGCUCAGGGCGACAACCAAGACAUUAUGAGCCUGUUCCGGGACACCAGUAAUCGAGCAUCGAUCGCCGGAAGCCAAGUAACUGCCCGAGGCAGCUGGGCUCGCCGAUUCAGUCGACUGAGCGAUGGACUAGAUGCCCACGUAGAAGUGGCAGCCCGACCUCGAAGAUCGGUGGAAUCAACCGUAUGGGAGGUUUCCUGACACGAGGAGGAGGCCGAAAGUGAGGCCCAGGACCAAAACAAAAGAUGAGGCAGCAGCAGGAUGUCCUGAUGCAAUAACCAAUUCUCGUCUCCUUUCCAAAAUCAUUAACUUAGAAUAAUCUAAUCAUGUCUAUUGUUGUUAAUGCUCCACAGUUUAUAGUUUUUGUUUAAACGCAAAUAUAAAUAUUGUA